AUGGCCGACUCCGACGAGGACUACGUGAACUCCUCCGGUGAUGAGGCCGGUGCCCACACCGUCAGCCGCCGCGGCGCCGGCGGCCACAAAGGCGCGCGCCCGCCCUCGUCAAAGCCCAAGAAGGUGCAGAAGAAGGAGGCGUGGGAGGACAUCAAGCGGUCGUGGGACAAUGUUGUCGAGGGCGCCGACGGCAGCAUCAACGUCACGGGCCUGCUUGAAGCCGGGAAGCGCAAGAGGCUGCUCAAAGACACGACCCCGCUGCAGCGCGGCAUCAUCAGACAUGUCAUGCUUAUCCUCGACCUGUCCAUCGCCAUGGCCGAGAAGGACUUCCGGCCCACGCGCUACCUCCUCGCGAUCCGCUACGCGUGCGACUACGUGCGCGAGUACUUUGAGCAGAACCCGAUCUCGCAGCUGGCCGUGCUGGGCAUGCGCGACGGCCUCGCCGUGCGCGUCAGCGACAUGUCCGGAAACCCGACAGACCACAUCGAGGCCAUCCAGAAGCUGCGCCUGGACGACCCCAAGGGCUCCCCGAGUCUGCAGAACGCACUCGAGAUGUCGAGAGCUGCGCUGUUUAAUGCCCCGACGCACGGCACCCGCGAAGUAGUGAUCGUCUUCGGCGCGCUGCACUCCUCAGACCCCGGCGACAUCCACCAGACAAUCGCACACCUCGUCGCCGACAAGAUCCGCGUCAGCGUCGUCGGGCUCUCCGCCCAGGUCGCCGUCUGCCGCGACCUCGUGUCCAAGACCAACGCCGGCUCCACAAGCACCUACGGCGUCGCCCUAGACGACAAGCACUUCCGCGAGCUGCUCAUCGACACCACGAUCCCGCCCGUCACCCGCUCCUCCAAGCAGUCGUCGGCCUGCCUGCUCAUGUGGGGCUUCCCCUCGCGCGUCGUCGAGACCACGGCGUCGCUGUGCGCGUGCCACUCGCGCCUCGCGCGCGGCGGCUACCUGUGCUCGCGCUGCUCGACAAAGGUGUGCGAGCUGCCGAUGGAGUGCCCCGCGUGCGGGCUGAUGCUGGUGCUGUCGACGCACCUGGCGCGCCACUACCACCACCUGUUCCCGCUGCGCAACUGGGUCGAGGUGCCGUGGGGCGAGGCGGGCGAGGCCGCGGCGUGCCUGGCGUGUCAGGUGGCGUUUCCGCCCGUGCCCGAGAGGGGCGGCGAGGAGUGGGCGCUGCCGGCGAGGACGGAGAGGGGCACGAGCUCGAGGGAGAGGGUGAGUGGGGGUGCGGGGAAAGAGGCGCCGAAUGGGGUGCCGGCGGCGGAUACGAUGGAGAUUGAUGGGUAG